GCGCGGCCAUUGGCUCAUUGUCUCGAGGUGACGUCACAAAUCAGCCAAUCGAGUGUCUCCGUGCCCUUGACGUGCUGCGCGUUUUAGCCUUUAUAAACAGGCACACCGACACAACAGACAUAUUCUGUACUGAACACAGAAGAUUCAGCAGCAAUGGCAAGAACCAAGCAGACCGCUCGUAAGUCCACCGGUGGCAAAGCCCCGAGGAAGCAGCUCGCCACCAAAGCCGCCCGUAAGAGCGCUCCCGCCACCGGCGGCGUGAAGAAGCCUCAUCGUUACAGGCCCGGCACCGUGGCUCUGAGAGAGAUCCGCCGCUACCAGAAGUCCACCGAGCUGCUCAUCCGCAAACUGCCUUUCCAGCGCCUGGUGAGAGAGAUCGCUCAGGACUUCAAGACGGAUCUGCGCUUCCAGAGCUCCGCCGUCAUGGCUCUGCAGGAGUCCAGCGAGGCUUAUCUGGUCGGUCUGUUCGAGGACACAAACCUGUGCGCCAUCCACGCUAAGAGGGUCACCAUCAUGCCCAAAGACAUUCAGCUGGCCCGCCGCAUCCGCGGAGAGCGCGCUUAAGUCCCGCUUUAAAAACAACUCAACGGCUCUUUUAAG